GAAGCCUCAGCCGUUGCUUCGAUCAGAAAAGAUCUUGUGGAGAAAAUAAUAGACAGAAGGUCUUGUGUUCAAAAGAAAAUUAUUUCUAUUUCGGGCCGGUGAAGAUGUGUGUAGAAUGUUGUCAUCCGUGCUUGCUGCGAGCUUUCGCCUUCAACUGUUCACUGUGCCAGAGAGGGGGAAGCAAAUUCAUCGUUCGAGGAAUGCGCGACCUAUACUUGACGUUUCAGUGGUUUAUUAAUAUCGUGUAUGUCAGCUUAUAAAAAUGAGAUAUGUAUCAGAAGCACCUGUUAUAUGGAAAUUGCUGAACGGCGUUAUUUGUGUGUAUAAACCCCAAGGAAUGACAAGUAGGGCAUUGAGACAGACAUUGAUUGGUAACAUUGCCAAUGAUCUAAACGAGUUUGAAUGUCGGCCUCGCAACAAUCAUGUCUUCUCAAGAAACAGUUCAGAAAGCCAAGUAGUCGUUGGUCAAAGCUUUGCAGAUGAUCCAUUAGUUGUUGGCCCUCGGUAUUUGCCAAAUGAUGUACGUUGUUCAUGGGCUUCUCAUGUUGGAAGGCGUACUUCAGGAGUUUUUGUUUUCGGAAUUAAUAAAGGUUCUGUUCUUGCCAAUCACCUUCGAAAUGCACGGCCAAUAAGAGUAUACCAUGUCACAGGGAAAAUGGGAAUAGCAACAGACACCUAUGAUACAUAUGGGGCUGUUGUUGAACGUUCCACAUUUCACCAUGUGAAACACACCAUAAUGGAUAGAGUUCUGGCUAGUAUUCAAGCUGCUCAUCAGAAAACAAUGUUUAAUCGCAUGGGAGUUCACAUGCACAGCCAAGCAGCUUAUGAGUUAGCUGUCAAGGGAACUGUGCGUCCACCAGAUGGAAAAAUUCCUUUUAUUUACAGCAUUAAAUGCAUUGAAUUUGAUCCUCCAGAUUUUACCAUUGAAGUGAAAUGUGUUAAUGAACAUGAAAGCUACCUCAAGACUCUUAUUCAUGAUAUAGGGAUGAAAGUUCAUAGUACAGCUGCAUGUUCAAGUAUUAGAUGUGUACGUUACGGUCCAUUUUCCAUAGAACAUGCUCUUCUUAGAAGACAUUGGCAUCUUCAAUGUAUUUUUGAUAAUCUCAGUCUGUGUAGAAGAAUUUUGCAUGAAAAUCGGAUUCUAAUGUGUGAUACUCCCUCUUCAUUAAUAGAAAAUGAUGAAAAAAAACUUUUGGAGUGCAGUAAAAGUUAAGAAUAUAGAAUGGGACCAAUGGAAAAAAGUGAAAAAUCCAGGAAAGAUAAAAAACAUGACAUACACUGUUAAGGCCAGGCAAGUUUUUACAUUUUUGUGGAAAUAUAUGAUGGUGAAUUUUGUUACUUAAAACUCAUAGCAUUGUAUAUGCGUCAUUCAGUAGUGUAACUGAGCCGGAAUACGGAUUUGUUUGUGAAAUUGCUUUUACGAAGAUCUGGGUAAAAACUUAAAAAAUAAUUUGUUGUUUCUUGACCUCGU